AUGACGGGCCACGGUCGAGGGGCGACGCGCGGAACACGCGUGCUCGCGGACGCGCUUCGUAAGGCACUGACGGCUCUGGGCUGCGAGUGGCGCGCGGAGCCGAUCGGGCCGCCGCGCCCGGGCGCCGUGUGGCCGGGCGCGCGGGUGCAGGCCGCACCCGAACCGAACAGGACCUCGACCUCCUCGCUACUCGCUUACAUUCCAGAAAUGCAUGGUCCAGCUGUGGAUCUGCCGCUUGCGUCUGCACAGCAGAAGUAG